AUGAAAAAACUUAUUCCAAUUUUAUGUAAAAAUGGGAUAGGUAUAAAUGGACUUAUAUCGUUUCAACUAUCGAAUUUAUACUUGUUAUUUUUAUUCUUUUCUUUAAUUGUCUCAAUUUCUAAUGCAGCAUAUAUUUCACCCAGAACUGCUGUUACUAGUAAAAUUUUAGAUAUUAGAGCAACAUCGACUCGUCAAAUUAGUUUAAUUACUGAUAAGAAUAGUAUUGAUAUAAUACAGAAAAAAACUCGUUCUACAAUUAACCCGACCGUUACUACUUUCCAUAAUUUCAAUACUCCAUCUUCUAUUGCCCCUAUUCAAACAGCUCUCUAUGGAGAAAAGUUUGUUAAAAGGGAAGUGGUAGAUAUCACUACAACAGUUAUCCCACCUUUUGUAGAACUUAUUGCGAAUCCGGAUGCGGGCAGUCUGGUACAAGUUACCUUUUCAACUGGUGUUACUACUUAUACUCAAGGCGGAACAACGUACCACAAGACGUUUUAUCUUAUCAGGGAAGAAGAAUUAUCUCAAGUGGAAGGUACAUGGGCUGAAAAUAAUUGUAUUAUACCAAGCACUGCAAAGCCUGUUCUGGGCUUUGGUGCAACUCUUUAUUCUUAUUCUGACGAUGGAACUACAGGGACUGCUUUUUUGGAAGAAGGGAGCUAUAAAAAAAACCCUCCAAUUGCUUCUACUAUCGGGUUUACUGACUUUGGUGCUAUAGACCCGACAGAGGGAUACGUACUUGAAUUUAAUGGUUAUUUUAUUCCAUCUGACACAGGCCUUUAUGAUUUCCAAUUACUAGAUGCUAAUCCUGCUGCUAUUGUGAUGAUCGCAAAUCAAUACGCUUUAGAUUCAAAAAAUUCUGUUGUGACUGAUAAUUUAGACUCAGAUAUUGAUUUAGCAAUGCAAUCAGAUAGUACCGCAAUAUCAACGAAGACUGGCCUGCUAUAUGCUGGUCUCGCCUACCCAAUUAAAAUUGUUUAUUACUCAAACCAAGCUAAUGCUGCUGAAAUACGAUUACAAUUUACAGAUCCAGAUAGUAUGAUCUAUCCUAUAAUUUCUAAUGUUUAUUAUUAUGAUGAUCUGCAAGUCCAAUGCCCAAAGUUAAUGGGAACUAUAAUCGAAUCUAAUUAUACCACUACAGUACCAUGGACAGGUUCAUUCAUAUCGACAUACUCAAGUUCCACUUUUAGCACUGUAGGCGAUGACGGUAAUACUACAGUCCAAAGAAUGUAUUACGUCGAAACUCCGUAUUCUCUUUCUACUAUCUUCUCAACACAUCUAAUGAACUGGGCAGGAACAUUCACAAAUACGUAUGCAACUGUUUCUUAUCAGGUUACAUAUAAUGACACAAUCAUCAAUAAUGUAGAAUAUUUUGUAGAAACACCAACAAGCAGCUCGUCUUAUUUUGUUACUGCAGCCACAUCGACAAGCUUAAUUGAGUGGACAGGAACAUUCACUACCACCUUUGCCACUGUCACCCGUCAAGUUACAGAUAAUGACACAAUUAUCAAUAAUAUCGAAUAUUUUGUAGAAACACCACAGAAGACAACCAGCAGCUCGUCAUAUUUUGUUACUGCAGCCACAUCGACAAGCUUAAUUGAGUGGACAGGAACAUUCACUACCACCUUUGCCACUGUCACCCGUCAAGUUACAGAUAAUGACACAAUUAUCAAUAAUGUCGAAUAUUUUGUAGAAACACCAACAAGCAGCUCGUCUUAUUUUGUUACUGCAGCCACAUCGACAAGCUUAAUUGAGUGGACAGGAACAUUCACUACCACCUUUGCCACUGUCACCCGUCAAGUUACAGAUAAUGACACAAUUAUCAAUAAUAUCGAAUAUUUUGUAGAAACACCACAGAAGACAACCAGCAGCUCGUCAUAUUUUGUUACUGCAGCCACAUCGACACACUUUAUAGAUUGGACAGGCUCAUUUUCAUAUACGUAUGCUACAAUAUCUUACCAGCUUACUGAUCAUAAUACAAUUAUCGACACAGUGGAAUACUUUGUAGAAACGCCACAGAAGAAAACAACUUCUACAUCUACCCAAUCUCCAACCAUAACAACUUCAACUACCAGUUCUAAAGGAAGCAAUACUAUAAAUAGAAAUUCUGGAAAAUCUCACGAUGGCUCUAAGGAUACUAACUAUAUCAAUCACGGUUCUAAUGUAUACACCGGUACAACUACAACAACCAACAGUGAUGUAUCUGCAACCUCUGGCACUAUGAAUGCUGCAAGUGGGAAAUCUAACACUAUGCACAGUUCCUCUGGCAGAACUAAUAGCAUGACUGGGGAAACUGGCACUCAUACCGGUGCAUCUGCAACAUCUAGUACUAUGAGUGCUUCAUCUGAGAAGUUUAAUUCUAUGACCGCCUCGUCUUCAACAUAUAGCGGCAUGAGUGCCUCAACUGAGAGAUCAAGACGUAUGACUGCCUCAUCUCAGAAUUCUAACUCUAUGACUGCCUCGACUAAGAAUUCUAAUUCUAUGACUAAUUCGUCUGAAAGAUCAAGUCGCAGGACCAUCUCAUCGGAGAGGUCUAACUCUAUGGCUGGCCUACCUACAACAUCCAACAUUAUCAGUGAUUUCUCUAUCCCUCAUACACAGAGAAGUUCAUCCUAUAAUUCUAAAUUGAUGAGUGAUUCAUCUUCAAUCUCUAGUUCUCACGAAGAGUCGUCCAUGACCCAGUCCUCUACUACCGGCUCUUAUGGCAUGAGUUCUGGCUCGUUCUAUAAGCCCAUCUCUUCUCAAUUGUCACAAUCCAUCUCCUGGUUACCAGAAACUCCUGGAUCGCCCAUGAUCGGUAUGGUGUUUGCUGACUGGGAUGGUGAAUUCACCGUCACAUACUCGACAUCUACAGGAUGGGAAACCACCAACGGAGAAGUUGUCCCUGAUACGGUAUACUACAUCAAAACUCCUCAUAUUGCCCAGUCUAAGACGCGCUCGGCUUACAUAUCAUCCUCUUAUAUUGCCUCACACUCGUCUGCGUUCUCAUCCAUGGAGCCAAAUACCGCUUCUCCAGACUCUACUGGGCCUUCCAGCAGAUCGUCUCGCAGGACAGUGGUGGCUCCAAGCACUACGUCAUCUAGCUCUGGCGAAGAGUCGUCCAUGACCCAGUCCUCUACUACCGCCUCUUAUGGCAUGAGUUCUGGCUCGUUCUAUAAGCCCAUCUCUUCUCAAUUGUCACAAUCCAUCUCCUGGUUACCAGAAACUCCUGGAUCGCCCAUGAUCGGUAUGGUGUUUGCUGACUGGGAUGGUGAAUUCACCGUCACAUACUCGACAUCUACAGGAUGGGAAACCACCAACGGAGAAGUUGUCCCUGAUACGGUAUACUACAUCAAAACUCCUCAUAUUGCCCAGUCUAAGACGCGCUCGGCUUACAUAUCAUCCUCUUAUAUUGCCUCACACUCGUCUGCGUUCUCAUCCAUGGAGCCAAAUACCGCUUCUCCAGACUCUACUGGGCCUUCCAGCAGAUCGUCUCGCAGGACAGUGGUGGCUCCAAGCACUACGUCAUCUAGCUCUGGCGAAGAGUCGUCCAUGACCCAGUCCUCUACUACCGCCUCUUAUGGCAUGAGCUCUGGCGAAGAGUCGUCCAUGGCCAAGUCCUCUACUACCGCCUCUUAUGGCAUGAGUUCUGGCUCGUUCUAUAAGCCCAUCUCUUCUCAAUUGUCACAAUCCAUCUCCUGGUUACCAGAAACUCCUGGAUCGCCCAUGAUCGGUAUGGUGUUUGCUGACUGGGAUGGUGAAUUCACCGUCACAUACUCGACAUCUACAGGAUGGGAAACCACCAACGGAGAAGUUGUCCCUGAUACGGUAUACUACAUCAAAACUCCUCAUAUUGCCCAGUCUAAGACGCGCUCGGCUUACAUAUCAUCCUCUUAUAUUGCCUCACACUCGUCUGCGUUCUCAUCCAUGGAGCCAAAUACCGCUUCUCCAGACUCUACUGGGCCUUCCAGCAGAUCGUCUCGCAGGACAGUGGUGGCUCCAAGCACUACGUCAUCUAGCUCUGGCGAAGAGUCGUCCAUGACCCAGUCCUCUACUACCGCCUCUUAUGGCAUGAGCUCUGGCGAAGAGUCGUCCAUGGCCAAGUCCUCUACUACCGCCUCUUAUGGCAUGAGCUCUGGCGAAGAGUCGUCCAUGGCCAAGUCCUCUACUACCGCCUCUUAUGGCAUGAGCUCUGGCGAAGAGUCGUCCAUGGCCAAGUCCUCUACUACCGCCUCUUAUGGCAUGAGCUCUGGCGAAGAGUCGUCCAUGACCCAGUCCUCUACUACCGCCUCUUAUGGCAUGAGCUCUGGCGAAGAGUCGUCCAUGGCCCAGUCCUCUACUACCGCCUCUUAUGGCAUGAGUUCUGGCUCGUUCUAUAAGCCCAUCUCUUCUCAAUUGUCACAAUCCAUCUCCUGGUUACCAGAAACUCCUGGUUCGCCCAUGAUCGGUAUGAUGUUUGCUGACUGGGAUGGUGAAUUCACCGUCACAUACUCGACAUCUACAGGAUGGGAAACCACCAACGGAGAAGUUGUCCCUGAUACGGUAUACUACAUCAAAACUCCUCAUAUUGCCAAGUCUGGCAGUAAAAGAUCUGUUAGUCUAUCUUCUAUUGGAAGAUACUCUUCUAUAUAUUCGAAUUUAGUUUCGGAGUCUUAUUCCACUUUGAUAUCUAGUGAAAGUUUGUAUUACUCGAAUUCUGCGAUUCCUAACUCCUAUAUCGCAUCUACUGCUCACGUAACAUUUUCCAGCUAUACAUCCACUAUUGAAACGGUUGAAAAAUCUUCAUCCAGAUACACCAAUAGUAAAGUAGAUUCUGCGCACGCCUCAUUUAUUAUGUCAGUUUCAGUAACUUCCUCACCACCAGUAACCACACUAAACAAAAUCUCAGCAUCGAAGAUUUCUGUAAUGCAAAGCUCUUUUACUAAGGCUUACUUCUCUAAUUCAUCUAUUACCAGAGAAUCUUCAACUUCCUUUUCUGUCUCAUGGUUACCCGAAGGUCGUGGUGCGCCAAAUUAUGGAGUUGUAUAUGAAGAUUGGACUAAAAGUUACAUUACUACGUAUUCUACUUUAACUGGUUGGGAAACAUAUGAAGGUGAAGAAAUUCCAGAUACAAUAUAUUUUGUGAAGACUCCUAUAAAACCUACCUCUAUAUCUACUUAUUUUAAAUCCUCAUCAGAUAUUCACAAGUAUUCUACCUCCAUAAAAGAUAGUACUACAGAUUUAUUACCCAGUACUUUUAAUACUUUUGCUACAUCUUCAAGUACUUCAGAAAGUUUACUUUCCACUGCCGUAGUAUAUACUAGUAUUAAUACUCAAGCUAGUCUUAUUGCUUCGACCAUGACUUCAACUAUCAAAUCAAAUAUACUAUCAUCUACAAUUGUAAUUCAAUUAUCUACUAAGUAUUCCGAUACACAUUCUUCCAAUGAUUUUUCAGCUACAUCUACUGUUAUGAUGAGCCAUUCAUCCACGCCUGGAGCAGAUCAAUAUCCAACCUUCACUAAGAUGACCUACUCCCAUCCGUCUGAUACUAUCAAAUACAGCUCUAGUACUCAAUUCUUUGUUUCCUCGUGUUCAGAAAAUAUUUCCUGGCUACCAGCGACCCCAGGGGAGCCAUUAGUAGGAAUGGUUUAUAAAAGUUGGAUAGGUAAAUAUACUGUUACAUAUUCUACUUCUACUGGGUGGGAAACUAUCAACGGAGAAGCUAUUCAAGAUAUUGUCUACUAUAUUGAGACACCUUACUUAGGGACAGAUACUUCGGCACUCGAAACUUCUGGUAUAGUUUCUACAUCUGAAACUAAGGCCAUUCCUGCAGCCUCCUCUGUUAACCAUAGUGUGCCUAAUGCAAGUAGUUCUUUUUAUGCAAGUUCUACCUCAUCAGAUAUUACAGAAACUACUAACUUCUCAACACUUGGCGAUACAUUAUCUUCUGCUGCUGUAUCCAAAUUUACAAGUUCAGGAACUACGAAUUAUAUAUCGAAUGCUUCUAAAAAUGAUAAUUUUGAAAGUACCGUAGCUGAUAAUUCCAUUAUUUCUAGUAAAUCUAUUAGCGCUAUAACGUCAGGUACUAUAUAUUAUACCGUAACCGUUAUUGAUACUACAACUAUAACUACAACAAUAAUGAUUACUUAUUCUGAAUCUACUAAAAAAACUGAAAUUUCAAACUUUACACCCAGUAUCACAACAGCAAUUUCAUCAACUAAAAUUACUAAUAAUUCCAAUAGGUUAUCUACUCUAGGUUCAAGCAGCAGUACAACUAAUCCACAGACCAUAGUCGAAACACGCCAAUUUCCUAGUGCAGAUAGUUCAGACAUGUCAAGUACAAUUAGUGCUACAAAAAUUUCAAAUAUUUCAUCAACUAUAGAAGCUCCUUAUACUACAACUUUUGUAGAGCACGGUACCAUUACAAAAACAGCUAUUGUAAGUUGUUCUCAAAGUACUAAUUCAAACGGGGAAGUCUUCAUAAUAGUAUCAACAUUCUCAAAUACAAUUACCGAUAAUGUGCAACUAACUACAACGCCUAAUGUAAGAACUGUAUACACAACUACUGUUCUAGAGCACGGUACCAUUACAAAAACAGCUAUUGUAAGUUGUUCUCAAAGUACUAAUUCAAACGGGGAAGUCUUCACAAUCACAUCUACUCUUCAAGACACCAUUACUGAGAAAGUUAACGAGGCUACAAAUACUAACGUGGCGACAAAUUUCAAUACAAAUUCAGAUGAAAAUAUUAAUACUAUUCUAAACUUACUAGCAGUAUCUGAAACAACUGUUACAAGUUCAUCUAUUUCUUUUAUACAUUCUACCGCAAAAAAUGGUGAGGUCAUUACUGUUAUGACUACCGUAACUAUCAUAAAAACAAUAAGACCAACAGUAAUCAUAGAAACAAAUACUAAUUAUAUAAUGAAGACAACUAUUAACUCCCAGCCUACAAGUUUCAUGACUUCAACGAAUAUAAACCCUAAUAUUAUAACUACAAUAAAUGCAAUUUCUAAUAGCCUACUCACAACCAAUAUCAAUUCUAAUAAAUUUACAAGAUCAUUUUUCCCUAAUAAGACUAUCAUUUCUGAUAAUCCAAAUAAAAAUUACAAUAUUUCAAGCAGCAUUAAAGUGAUAAAUUCAAGUUUAAAUAAUAUAAAUGCUAAUCUCAGUUAUACAAAUUCAAAUAUUUACAAUACCAAUACAAGCAAAAAUGAACUAAACUUAAGUGUAACCUCGAAUUCAGUCACAACUAUGAUAAUGCCACAUUUAACAAAUUUAUUAAAACCUAAUAUAACUUUAUCCACCGAAGUAAUCACUUCUCCGAGAUCUAAAUCACUUCUAACAUCAUCAUUUUCCAAGUCAAAUAGCAAAAUUACAGGGACUGAUGGAAAUUUAAUUAUAAAAAGAGAUGGCUAUAAGAGCAUUCCUAAUGUUAAUGCUACAUUAACUAUAAGUGCUAAAGUACUGAUUAAUUCAACAACAUGUACUACAACUGGCAUCACUGAUACAAGCAAUAUAUUAUAUCAAUUUGAAGAUAAGGCCUCUGGAUUAUAUAAUGAAGUCUUUUACAGAAUUAUUAUAUUAUUAUUUUUUGGUUUCGUAUGA